AUGAUAAAUAUGGAAUAUUUAUUUGUUACAUUGAAUGAUUUACCAGAUGAAAUUCUUUUGAUAAUUUUUACAAAAUUAAAGAAUGUGUCACUACGUUACUCUUUAAUAGGUGUUAAUAAACGACUCAACACAAUUGUACGUGAUCCAAUUUUUACAAGUCAUUUAACAUUGAUGAGAUGUUUGUUAGAUGAUUCCGUAUGUCCCUUACCUGAUUCAACGAUUGAUCGAUUUUGUGCACAAAUUUUACCUGAAAUUCAUUGUCAAAUCAAAUGA